GCCCACGUGUGCGAUUCCAUCCCACAUGGCGGCGCUCCUGGGGAGACUGCUGCAGCGCGGGAGGCCCUCGGCGGCCUCUGGCCGCCCCGUAGGACGGCGCGAGGCCAGCCUGGGCACUGGUCCCGGGGUUGCGGUGCGAGUGCGGUUCGCUCCCAGCCCCACAGGCUUCUUGCACCUGGGUGGCCUCCGCACUGCCCUGUACAACUACAUCUUUGCUAAGAAGUACCAGGGGAGCUUCAUCCUGAGGCUGGAGGACACAGAUCAGACUCGCUUUGUGCCUGGGGCAGCGGAGAAUAUUGAGGAUAUGCUGGAGUGGGCAGGUAUCCCCCCUGAUGAGAGCCCCCGCCGGGGUGGUCCUGCUGGGCCCUAUCAGCAAUCUCAGCGAUUGGAACUGUACGCCCAGGCCACAGAGGCGCUGCUGAAGACCGGAGCUGCUUAUCCCUGUUUCUGCUCGCCCCAGCGGCUGGAGCUCCUGAAGAAGGAGGCCUUGCGGAACCACCAGAUUCCCCGGUAUGACAAUAGGUGCCGGAACAUGAGCCAGGAGCAGGUGGCCCAGAAGCUGGCCAAGGACCCCAAGCCUGCGAUCCGCUUCCGCCUGGAGCAGGCAGCGCCGGCCUUCGAGGACCUGGUGUAUGGCUGGAAUAGGCAUGACGUGGCCAGCGUGGAGGGAGACCCAGUCAUCAUGAAGAGCGAUGGCUUCCCCACAUACCACCUGGCCUGCGUGGUGGACGACCACCACAUGGGCAUCAGCCACGUGCUGCGAGGCUCCGAGUGGCUCGUCUCCACUGCCAAGCACCUGCUUCUCUACCAGGCCCUGGGCUGGCAGCCACCCCACUUCGCCCACCUGCCCCUGCUCCUCAACAGGGAUGGUAGCAAGCUCUCCAAGAGGCAAGGGGACAUUUUCCUGGAGCACUUUGCUGCUGAAGGCUUCCUGCCCGAUUCCUUGUUGGACAUCAUCACCAACUGUGGCUCAGGUUUUGCAGAGAACCAAAUGGGCAGGACCCUGCCAGAACUGAUCACGCAAUUCAACCUGACCCAGGUCACCUGUCACUCAGCCCUGCUGGACCUGGAGAAGCUCCCAGAAUUCAACAGGCUGCACCUCCAGCGGCUGGUGAACAAUGAGAGCCAGAGGCGCCAGCUGGUGGAGAAGCUGCAGGCCCUUGUGGAGGAGGCCUUUGGGAGCCAACUGCAAAAUAGGGAUGUCCUCAACCCAAUCUACGUGGAGAGGAUCCUCCUGCUGAGACAGGGUCACAUUUGCCGCCUGCAGGACUUGGUGUCCCCAGGGUACUCUUAUCUGUGGACUCGCCCUGCGGUGGGUCGAGCGCAGCUGGACGCCAUCUCGGAGAAGGUGGAUGUGAUUGCUAAGCGUGUCCUUGGGCUUCUAGAAAGAUCUGGUAUGAGCUUAACUCAGGAUAUGCUGAGUGGAGAACUGAAGAAGCUAUCAGAAGGUCUGGAAGGCACCAAGUACAGUAAUGUGAUGAAACUCCUCCGGGUGGCCCUCAGUGGACAGCAGCAAGGACCUCCUGUAGCUGAGAUGAUGAUGUCCUUGGGACCAAAGGAAGUGCGGGAACGGAUCCAGAAGGUGGUUUCCAGCUAGGGAGAGGAUGUGUCGGGCAAUGGAGAUCGCCCUGAGAACCUGUGAGCUUAGAAACAGCUUUCAGAGACCAGAAGGAGGCCUGGGGCCUGUUGGAAAGUUUGCCGAAGGAACUAAGAGUGGAAACAAUCUCUGACUGUGCACAAGUGCAUUUAUGGAUCCACCACAGGCCCGUCCUUGUCAGCUGGCUGGGGAAGCCCAACCCAUCUAACCUCCUUGACUCUGGAAAGGCAUUCUCUGGGUCUGGUUUCUCACACAUUACAUAGCAGAGGUUCGGAGUUAGUUCACAGAAAAGCUAACAUCCCGGAACAAUGCAGAAGCCUUGGGUUUCAGUUUGCUAGGGUCCCCAUACCAAAAUGCCACAGAACCAGGUGGUUUAAACAACGGAGAUUUGUUUUUUUACAUUUCCGGAGGCUAGAGGUUCAAGAUCAAGGUGGCAGGCCUGGUUUUUCCUGAAGGCCUCUUUUCUUGACUUGCAGACAGCUGUCUUCUCACUGUUUCCUUGUGUGGUCUUCCCUCCAUGCAUACACAUCUCUGGUUUCAUUAUGUGCCCAACGUUCCUCUUCUAAGAAUACCACUUGCACUGGAUUUUAACUUUAACCAGCCUCAUUUUAACUUAAUCACCUCUUUAAAUGUUCAUUCUCCAAGUAAAGUCUCAUUCUGAGGUUCUAGGGGUUUCUCAACAUAACAAUUUAGAGGGACACAAUUCAGCCUGUAGAAGCUGGGCAGCGGGACUCAUGGGUCCCAGUUCUCAGGCCCCAAGGACUCAGAGCAGUAGAGGAUACGUGACACAAGCAGGGCUGAACUGGAUGCCAGCCUUUCUUUGGGGUUGUAAAAGGAGAAGUGACUCCACUGCCAAGGGUAAGCACUCUUGUCUUAUGCUACCCUUUAUUCUUGAACCUUGGGGCAGCCUGUGUCUCCCUUCCCUAAACGUCAUGUGUUCCGUUUUUCCAGUCUUCCAGACCUGGUCCUUGGACUGGAGAUCUCCACCCUGCCUAUUUUGUGGCUUUCUCUUCAAAUCCACCUCUUCCUUCCUCCAUGACUUAUAAGUCAUCAUCUCUGCUGGUUUCUGAAAUGAGAUAUGCUUCUUGGGGUCUUCAGUGAAGAGGAGUAGCAAGUGAAAGGAGGAUAGUGGUGGGGUAGACAAACCCCUACAAGGCUUCUAGGCUUCCCCUGCAUGGCAGCCAGCCUCUAAGUUGGCCCCCAACUGUCCCUGCCUUUUUCUAUUCACAUCCUUGUGUGGUUUCUUCUCCCAUUGAAUAGGCCUGACUUGUGUAACCACUACGCUAUUGAAGAAAUGGAGAGUUUGGCUCCUGAGGGUAAAUGAUGAAAUACAUCAUGGCUUCUGUCUUGUUCUCUUUGAUUGCUUACUUUGGGUGAAGCCAGCUUCCAGGUCAUGAAAAUACUUAAGCAGCCUUAUGGGAUGCUCCACAUGACAAGGGAUCGAGGCCUCCCACCAACAGCCAUGGGAGUGCGCCAUCUUGGAAGCUGGUCCUCCAAUUCCAGCCAAGCAGCCACAUGACUGCAGUCCUUGCUGAUCUCACUCGUGACCUCUAUGGGAGACCCUAAGCCAGAAUAACUCAGAGAAGCUGCCCUGGAAUUUUCAGACACGCAUGAACUGUGAGAUAGUAAAUGUUUAUUGUUUAAAGCUACUUGGUUUGGGGAUAAUUUGCGCUCCAGCAGUAGACAAUUAAUGUAUUUAUUUUGUCCAGGGGAGUGGAAAGGCGAUUACAGAGUUUGUUGAGCCCCAUAGAGUCCUAGUCUUUGCUUAAAGAAUAUACCAGUUCUUUCUAAUACAGAAUCCAUUAAGUUCGUUAGUUGGAAACAAUAGAAACCAGCUCUGCCUCACUUAUGUUUAUUGGAGGCCAUAAGAGAGCCACAGCAUCUAUGGAAAAGCCAAAAAACCAGGUCUUGGAAUAGACAGGAACUGGCUACAGGAGCUAAUGGCCAGUCUUGUCUGAGUUCUUUGGUGGCGACACAUAAACUACAACCGUUUUGUUGUUGUUAAUUUCUCUGUGUUUUCCUCUCAGUUUUGGAUAACUCUGCUCAAGGUUCAGAUUCUGAGGAGCGAGUAUCUGUUGGGGUAGCUGAGGUCUUGCUACCAUUCCUUGGCCAGUAAUAGGUAGUUUCACAGGGAUUAUAUGCAAUGGAUGAAAAGUUGUUCCCAAGGAAAACUAGGGAGCUUUCUCCAGAAGAAGAUGUAAUGGCAGAAACAACAGGUGGUUGACCACAGAAGGGGACAAUAAUAACAAUAUUUUAAUUUAUUGUGCGCUUACAUGAGCCUCACCCAUUCCCAAGUGUCAGAUAAUGCUCGUAAAUGCCUUAGUCCAUCCUGAGAUACUUUCUAUCUCAGUAAAUUUUUUUUAUAACACUA